UUAAGCGCAUGGACUCUGAUGGUGUCGUGCGUGUCUCGUUUUGUUUUGGUUGUAGGUUAUGUUUACGUCAUUUGUUUAGUAAUAUGCUGAUGUUUUUAGAUUACAAUAUCUUUAAAAAGUCAUAAAAAUAUGGCACAGGAAAAAGACUCCUUUACAUUAAAUAUAGGUGUUGAUACAUCAAGUAAUAUUAGACGUGAGCAGUCGGAGAAAAACAAAAGAAAACUUCCAAAGAAGAAGGGCCAGUCAAAAGCCAAAAGAAAAAUUACAAAUGAUGAAGAUUCUGAAAGUGAUUACGAGACAUAUAAGAAAUUGAAAAUAAGCAAUGAUAAAUCAAAACAAACUCAGUACGUGUCAUCCCUGUUCGGACACAAUCCAGAAAUACCUUCUCUGGAGUCAAAAGAUGUAAGCCCAGUCUGCGAAGAGGUUUUCUCAAAUGAUACUUUCAAGGAGUUCAGCAAUGUGCAUGCGUUUACAAUUAAAACAUUGGAGGAAAGUUUUGGAGUGACGAAGGCGACAGUGGUACAGCAGCUGGCGUUACCCGUGCUGAUGUCUGGGAAGGACGCGCUAGUACGCUCCCAGACUGGCAGCGGAAAGACUCUGGCGUAUGCUGUACCAAUCGUAGAGGCCCUACAUCGUGUGCGACCCAAGCUGACCAGAACUGAUGGCAUCAAAGCUGUGGUGGUGCUGCCCACCAGAGAGCUUGCACUGCAGACUUAUCAGUGCUUUGAGCUGCUGGUCAAGUCAUUCAAGUGGUUGGUGCCGGGGCUGGUGGUGGGGGGAGGAGAGAAGCGCAAGUCAGAGAAGGCCAGGUUGCGGAAGGGUAUCAACAUUCUAGUGGGGACUCCUGGGCGCAUCAACGACCACGUGAGCCACACACAAGCCCUAAAGCUGGAUUGUGUGCAGUGGUUGGUUCUGGAUGAAGCGGACAGACUGCUGGAUCUGGGCUAUGAGCGAGAGAUCACCAGUCUUGUAAAGCAGCUUGACGAGCAGUCACAGGAGAGGCGCCAGACUGUGCUACUCUCCGCGACGUUGACAGCACGAGUGGAGCAGUUGGCCGGUCUGGCUCUGACCGCUCCUGUGCGACUGGAUGCGUCACAGGCCCGCGACUCGGAGCUGGUGAUCCCACAGUCGUUGUCUCAACACUACAUUGUUACACCGGCCAAGCUGCGACUGGUCUCCUUGGCUGCCUUCAUACACUGGAAAUGUCAGGUGGUAAGAGAAGGCAAGAUGCUGGUAUUCAUGGCAACUCAGGACAUGGUGGACUAUCACACCGAGCUGCUGAGUACUGUGCUGACUGACACUGCUGAGUUCCUGCGUCUGCAUGGCUCCAUGACUCAGCAUGAGCGCACGCAGGUCUUUCAGACCUUCAAGGCUGCCGACUCGGGCGUAUUGCUCUGUACGAUUUGGCAGGAGGUGACCCCCUGGGGGGACCAGCUGGGGGUGACCCCCCGCCCCCACCCCCUGCCCACAUCAGCAGCCUGCUUGCUGCCCGCUCAUUCAUUCAUUCAUGUCUCUCACUCACUCAUUCAUUUGCAACAGUUUGACCUUGCCCCCCGCCGAGUGACACACGGAGCCGCCAGCCCCACCCUGCCCCGCCUGCCCCCCUUGUCAUUGUGCAGUAGUUUGCGUUCUCUGUCAUCCUGCACUAGUUUAGAGUCCUUGAGGGGAGGAGCCCCCUUCCGUCUGCCUCUGUGGGACCGUGCCAGUGCGGAGUUCUGUUUUGCCCGCUCCAGAGACCUGCUCACUCGAUGUCCUCCCCGGUUGGACUCCUCCGUCGAGGUCCUGGAGAGUUCUGAGGCCGAGGAGACUGUCUCCGCUUCACUGGAUUUGCACCAGAAACACAGCGAACCUUUGAGAAAGUGUUUAAGCAGCGAUAAAAACAACAGUGACUAUUGGAAAAUGAGGAGACCGUUGCAAGAUUUUGGGAGGAAGUACAAAAAUCAUGACGGGUUGUCCAACUCUUGCACAUUGUCCAACGAAGGUACUGUAACUAAGUCACAAUCUACUGAUUCUGCCUCGACACUGGAUGCUUGUCCCUCAAUAACCGACCUCAACGAGAGCUCAACCUUGAAAGAUUGCAAUGGCUAUGAACACUCGGCCUCGCUGAAAGGCUUGUCUCUCUCCUCGCUGAACGAGUGUAGUAACAUCAGUGGCUAUACAAGUUGGAAAAAACUAGAAGCUGAGUUUAGAAUUACGGACCCAGUUUCGGAGCCAAAUUUAAAGAAUGGAACAGAAUGCUCUGCAGAACUAAAGCCCUUGUCAAGGUUUCUCGAUAAGUUUCCAGAAUUGGACGAUUCCCCGGGUCAAAGUUUUAGACCAUUGGACAAAACCAGUCUUGGAUAUUCUUCUCGGGGUGGGAGUGAUUAUCCCAGUCUGAGGGAAGUGUCUCAUUCUCCUGAGCGACUCUCGAAAUAUACAGAGAAGUACCCUAGAGAAAACAAUCAGGUGGUUAGGCUCAGUUUCAAGCAACUUGAGAGGCACUUGGACUCGUUAGACUUGAACAGGAGGAGUUCUGAGAAUAUUUCAACCUUUGAUGAAGUCUCGCCUAUUGGUAGAAAGGAAGAAUUAAGGAGAACAGAACUUUUUUCUGGUCGGAAGCAAUUUGUUCCGCAGACACCUGUAUUCAGGCGAAAACUCUCACAGCCUAAGAUGGGAGAAUCGUCAAGAAGGAGCACAAAAUCUUCCCCUAACUCUCCAAGCAUAACGUCACCUAAGGUCUAUUUCCGGCCUCGCACAAAUUCUCUCUCUGAGGAAAAAGUACGACCUCCUCCCAGUCGACGACAGUCAUACAACUAUUCCGCUCACUACGACUCCAGCUCUUCUGACUCAGAGUUUGACCGCCCUCCUUCCCUCUGCCAAGUCCCACUAACCAGUCUUCGCCAAACCCGUUGUUGAUCGCUUUUUUUUGCUUCCGUUCUCGCCUUUUGCCGUGUUCCACUCUUGUGUUAUCUUCUACUAACGGCAACCUAUAUAUCAGGCACCUCUUGUCUCUGGGAAUGGUACAGACACAACACUUAGGUUAGGUUAGGUGUACAUACUCGGGGAUUUAAGCACACACAUACAGGAGACCAAUGUCAAGUAUUACGAUCUAGUCUAUU